AUGGAGGGAUACAGAUCCACCCUCUCCCUCUUCUCCCCUCCAAGAUCCAGAUCUCUCUCUCUACAACCCAGAUCCAGAUCUCUCUCCCGUUGUCGCCUACUCCACCUCCAGUCCACUCAUACCCCCAUCAAGCCCUCUCCACCCUCCUCCCCUCCCCCAAAUCUCUGCCACGACACCGACGUCACCCGAGAGCCACCGAAAAACCCCGCGUGUGUUCUUCCUCCUCCGCGUCGAGCUGCUGAUCUCGUCGCCAUCACUCUCGUCGCCAUCACUCUCGCCCGAGAACCAUCGAACAACCCUCCUCCUCCCCUCAUCGGUCUCGUCGCCAUCACUCUUGUCGUCGAGCUGCUGAUCUCGCUCCUCCCCAAAUCGAAGGCGUUGCAGGACCCCCCUCCUCCUCCGCGAGCCCAGAUCUCGCUGCUCCCAAAAGCUUCAUCCAGGACUCUUCCUCCUCCCCAAAUCGAGCAUCCGAGCAGCACCAGAUCGAGGCCUCUGAAACGUGUUCGUGAGAGAUUGUGCUUUUUUUAUUGGAGUCCUAAUGGAGCUUAUUGUUCUGGGUUUAAGCCAAUUACUCAUCAGAGAAAAGGAUUGAUGAGUUUCACAAGAUGGCAUGUGCAUGUUAUAGAUCUAUAGUUCUGGAUCUUGCAUCUCCUGUGCUGUUGAUCAAGGAAAAUUUAUGUAAUAUAUAUUGUCACUUUGUCUGAUUGAAGAUGUAAUUGCCAUAUUCAUUUCUUGUCAUCUUGAUUAUUUUUAUUGACUAUGUAAUUGGCAUAUUCAUUUCUUUUUGUUACUAUUUUGAUUUGGUGGAUGCUUUUUAUAU